AUGGAUGAUGCUCCCGAGCUCCGGACUGAUGGUAAUUCCCUCCUGAAGGCGGUUUGGUUGGGAAGGUUGAGAUUGACCAGGCUGUUGUUGGAAGGUGGGGCGUACAUUAAUGAGAGCAAUGAGAGAGGGGAGACCCCCCUGAUGGUAGCGUGUAUGACCAGGCAUGUCGACCAACAGAGUGUGAGCAAAGCCAAGAUGGUGAAGUAUCUGCUGGAAAACCAGGCGGACCCAAACAUUCAGGACAAGGCGGGUAAAACCGCACUAAUGCACGCCUGCAUUGAGAGAGCCGGAGAGGAGGCGGUCUCCCUGCUACUCACUAAUGGGGCAGACCCCAGCCUGGAGGACCACUCCGGGGCAUCUGCCUUGGUUUACGCCAUCAACACCGAUGAUAAAGAGGUUUUAAAAUGUCUACUAAAUGCCUGCAAAGCCAAAGGUAAGGAGGUCAUCAUCAUCACUACUGACAAAUCUCCUUCUGGGACCAAAACAACGAAGCAGUACCUAAAUGUGCCGCCUUCCCCGGAACUAGAGGAGAGGCACACUCCUGCUCUCUGUAUGUCUCCGUCUGACAUUGAACUCAAGACAUCGCUGACUCCAUCUCCCACUGAUGACCAGGAAAGUGAGAAGAGCUUUAAUUUCCAAGUGAUGUCACAUCAGAGCGGCGGUUACACUAGCAAAUCCCACAAUGAGCCCAGCUCCCCAACCAGGAAGGUCAACCCGAAGAGAAUGGGGACCCGCCUGCCUCAGCUGAAGAGGCUGCAGUCGGAGCCCUGGGGGCUGAUCGCUCCCUCUGUCUUGGCUGCUGCUGCGUACCAGGAGGAGUGUAAACGGGCCAGUCCUGAAGAGGAGCUCAUUCAGGGCAUUAAUGGCUUGGCGCUACCCAAACGCACCACUUUGUCCAGAACCGGCAGCAUCGAGAGUAAAGACCCGUCCACCUUCCCAUUUGUGGGAGAUCCAACCUCUCGCACUCCGUCCACAUCCGCUCCAGUUUCCCGGAAACAAUCCUAUGAGAAAAGCCAGUGCCAACACCAACCUCUAGCCCGGAGGAGCACCCUACCCUCCGAGCAGGACACGGUUAGUAGCUUCGCUGCUACUGGCCCGGUCAGCCUGAGGGACACAGUCCACCGCAGGAGGUUGGGCAAUGACCAUUAUGAUUCAGACUCUCAGCUUUAUUCUGACUCGAUCUCCAAUCCAUUCGAGUCCAUAAAAAUCACGUUUGAAAGAAAGAAGCACAACACCUCUCCGCUGACGUUGCUGACCAGCUCCCGGGAGUCCCUGGAUAGUAUCGCCAGCACAUCUCCGGGUUCAGUCCGCCGCAGGCCCCCUGGUCUCCUGGAGAGGAGAGGCUCUGGGACCCUCCUUCUCGAUCACAUCUCCCACACGAGGCCAGGUCACCUCCCCCCACUGAAUGUCAACCCCAACCCGCCCAUCCCUGACAUCGGCUGCAACAGCAAGCCGUCAUCGCCUCUAACUAUGGGCCUGAAAUCUCUGGUCCCUGUGGCACCAUCUUCACCAAAACGGAACGAGACGAAAACCAAAAAGAAGCUGGUGAGGAGGCACUCCAUGCAGGUGGAGCAGAUGAAGCAACUCUCGGAUUUUGAGGAGCUGAACACUUAG